AUGGUGGUAGAGGUUAGGCGGGUGAGCGAUAGAUUAAUGGCUAUUAAGUUAGUGGUUGGUGGGCUCACUCUAAAUUUCAUUAGCACUUACGCUUCUCAAAUGGGCUUGGAUAAGGAAGUCAAGAGGCGUUUCUGGGAGGGUUUGAAUGAGGUGGUGCGUGGUAUUCCACCCACGGAGAAGCUAUUUGUAGGAGGAGGUUUCAACGGGCAUAUCGGGACAUCUGCUGGUGGCUAUGGUAAGGUUCAUUGCAGCUUUGGCUUUGGGGAUAGGAAUAGAGGUGACACCUCUCUAUCGGAUUUCACUAAGGCUUUUGAGUUGGUGAUUGCGAACUCUAGUUUUCCAAAGAGGGAGGAGCACUUGGUUACUUUUCAAAGUUCGGGGGCUAAGACCCAGAUUGACUAUCUACUCCUAAGGAGGAGUGAUAGAGGGUUGUGCAAGGAUUGCAAGGAAUUGGGGGACAAAGGCAGGGACAAGAAGUUAUUCCGAUUAGCCAAGGCGAGAGAGAGGAUGGCUCGUGAUCUAGAUCAAGUGAGGUGCAUUAAGGAUGAGGAAGGCAAAGUGUUGAUGGAAGAUGCUCAGAUGAAGUGGAGAUGA